AUUCUGGUCAUCAUCAAAUCUCACUGAAUAAAAAAAAAUGUCGAAAAUCCGAUCAUCAUCAUCAUUAUUGAAUCGUAAUAAUCAUCCACAACGAACAUCUACGACAACUAGCGAAUCAUCAUCAAUGUCUAAAUUGCAAAAACAAAAUUCAUCAUCAUCAUCAUCAUUAUCGGCAACACAAUCAACCACCACAUCAACAUCAGCAUCGAAGACACCAAUGAAACCAAAAACAAUGAUAACAAAACGUAAAAAUCGUAAAAACAUAACAUUGGGUCUGAAAUUGGAGAUAAUUAAACGUUUGGAAAAAGGUGAAUCAAAUUCAUCCAUUUGUCAUGAAUAUAAUCUACCAUCAUCAACAGUGAGCACUAUACGUUCGAAAAAAGAACAGAUAAAAGCAUUCUGUAAAAAUAGUGCCAUCGUACAGAAUCAAUAUUAUCAAAUUUCAUAUGCACGUAAUAAUAAUCAAAAUAAUUUUAUCGAUGAAAUUGAAUUAUCAUUAUAUAAUUGGAUUAAACAUCGUAAUUAUUCAAUCGAUACUAUACGCUAUUCACAAGUACGUGAUAAGGCAUUGAAAUUAUUUGAAAAUGCUAAACGACAGCAACAAGAAACGAUGACAACAUUCAACGGUGGUAAUUAUGAUAAUAAUAAUAAUAAUAAUGGUAUUGAAAAAAUGGAAUUCAAACCAAGCCAUAGUUGGUUCGAACGUUUUCGUAAACGUUUUUGUUUUGAAAAUAUCGACCAAACCAAUGUUAAUGUCAAUAAUGAUAAUGAUGAUGAUGAUAAUAAUUCCUCAACAAUAACAACAUUUGUGAAUGGUAAUGAUAAUCAAUCGAAUGAUUUAUUUGAAAAUUGUUUUGCUGAACAUCCGAUUCAAUUGUCGAGAAUCAACAAUGGCAACAGUAAUCAUAAUCAUAAUGACGACAUCAUAACAAUGAUGAUGAAUUAUAAUGAUGAUCAUCAUAAUAAUCAUAUACCAAUAUCGAUUGAUGAACCAAUCACUGAUAAUAAUUAUUCAAAUGGAAUCGAUACUAGUCAACAACAAACCGCAAUAAUGUCAAAAAAUAAUUUUGAAAAUGACAUAAUGGAAUUAUUCUGGGGCAAAUUGGUGACAUCAAUUUUUGUUAAUGAAAAAAUCAAUAGUAACAAUAGCAGUGGUAAUGGUGGCAGUAGUGGCAAUCAACAACAACAACAACAACAAUCAAUUAAUCGUCUUGAUGCACAAUCAUUAGCAAUUGUAUUUAAAUUAAGUGAAGCAAUUAUUAAUAUACUUGAAUCAAGAGAUAAUGAUUUAAAACGUUUUCUUGGUUUCAAACAAAAUCUAGCACACAUAUUACAUCCAUAUCGUGAAAUUUAUAAUCAAAAACUUUCAUUGAUUAAAGAUUCAUUGAAAAAUCUUCAUCAACAUCAAAUGGUCACGCCACAAUCACGACGACGACAACAACGCAUCUAA